GUCAUUGACCUAAUAUCACUAGGGUUUCUUCUAAUAGGAUUCUGAUUUAAUAAAUUAGUAUUUGUUUUAAUUGUGUUAACACAUUGUAAAGAAUAGUGAACAAAAUGUGGCUCGACCAAGCGGACGGGUUGUCGGAGAUAUUUCGAGGAUACCUUCCCUACUAUUUGUUGGUAUUCUUUCCUAUCUUCAUAAUUCUAUCUCCUGUGAACCCUGUUGCGGCUUCCCAUGAAUUUUCUGUGUACCGAAUGCAACAAUACGACCUCCACUCGGUUCCUCACGGAUGCCGAAGUGCCAGCUUCAACCUCGAAGGUCGUUCCCUGAGCUCGUGGGGUACCUCCCGUCACUGCGUGGUGGCGCGAAUCCAGGAUAUUAGUGUUGAGCAGAUCUACGAGAUCCGUAACAAGGCUGGAGCAUUGCUCCUGGUGCUGCCUCUCAAUGAAACACUUUUAUCCGAUGAUGCGAAGGAGCAUAUAAGAUUUGUAGAAGCGGCAUUGACCCAACAGGAGAUGAACAUUCCUGUGUACUUUGCGGAGUGGUCUCCAGAGUUUGAGUACAUCAUCUACAAUCUGCAGCACAGCAUCAUCACCGAUGACAAGUCUGGAAGUGCUUUGGAGGCCAUGAUGAACACUGUGUCUUCUAAUGGUUAUCAAAUCGUUGUAUCAGCGCCUACGCCACAGAAGAUUGACUCCAAGCCGGUGACUCUACACGGCAAGCUGAUCGGUCGCUCCACCUCCGCUCAGACUAUCGUGGUGGCUGCUCACUAUGACGCGGCAGGCGCUGUGCCGGAGUUAGCGUUCGGCGCGGACUCUAACGCCUCUGGAGCGGUGGCUUUAUUAGAACUGGCUCGUAUCUUCUCCCGGCUGUACUCGACCGCUGCGGUGCGCGCGGCGCCCUCUAUAUUGUUCGUGCUGUCAUCUACCGGACAUUCCCUGAACUAUUUCGCUACCAAAAAGUGGUUGGAAGACCAGCUGGAUUCGGCUGAUGCGUCGCUGUUGCAGGACAUAUCAUUCGUUAUGUGCCUCGACUCAAUAUCGUCAGGCCCUCUCUCCAUGCACGUCUCUAAACCGCCUAAGCCGGGAAGUCCUGCCCACUCGGUCAAAGCCAGGCUGGGAGUGGAUGUAGUGCAUAAGAAGAUCAACCUAGCUGAUGAGUUGUUGGCUUGGCAUCAUGAGAGAUUCAGCAUCAGACGGAUGACAGCGUUCACUGUUAGCGCUUUGAAGAGCCACAAGGAACCAGCACGAAGCAGCGUCCUAGACACUCCCUCGGAAGCGGGUUUACGUAGACUGGUCACCAACAUACAGUCAAUCGCGCGCGCGCUCGCUUCGCACGUGUAUAACUUGACUGAUGAAGGGGGAGAUGAAGAUUCUGCGUUAUACGACAACGCUUUGAACGUGGACGAGACGUUUAUCCGCACAUGGUACAAUUACCUGGCGUCGACGCCGCGCGCGCCGCAGGUGCUGGCGACCUCGUCCAACACCGCCGGUGUGACGGGCGCCCUGGAGCGCGCGCUCUCCCAGUUCGUGUCGGUGUCGGUGUCGGCGCACGCGCCCGACCGCCGCGAGCCCGACCACGUGCUGUACACGCCCACGCGCGCGCUGCUCCACGUGUACAGCGUGAAGCCAGCAGUAUUCGACCUACUCCUCACUCUAGUCAUAGUAGCUUACCUCACAGUACUUUACUUCGCGAUGCAAAUAUUCCCGCGAUUCUACGAGGAGUAUUUCAAACUCGUCACGGGCAAGGUCAAAGUGAACUGAACCUUAAGUCGAUCGACUCAAAGUUCAUAAUGUAGUUACCCUAAGUGUUGAACAAUGUAAAGACAAGUACAGCUAGGUUAUAUAUUGAAAGUAAGAUUGCGCGUCAAAUUAAAGUAAUGCUGGCCGCAUAGACGUUUUCCGUCUUCGAUUUCCGAAUUCGUUUUCUGUAUUCGGAAAUCCGAAUGCAUGGAUCAGUAGAAAAUGCAUUAACUGGGGCACGUUCGCUUUUCACGGACGCAACGAAUUCCGUACGUACGUUUCGCGCGUAAAAAAACGUAUGUUUGAGCUAGUUUCACAGAAUUCCAAAUCGUGAUUCCACAUUAGGAAAUCGAAUACGGAAAACGUGUGUAUGCGGCCAGCCUAAGUGGCACGAUACGUCUGUUGAUUCAAAUGCUGUUUUAGCACUCUGAAAUAUGUCAAUGUUGUUAAGAUGUGUUUCCAUUUGGACUGCGUCCAUUUGGAAGUCCUCUGAUCAGUCGUAUCGUCAGUGGCCAGCUUGAAAACCAAAAUUUUUUAGCAUACCAAAAAAGUAUUGGAGUAUGCGCAAGUAAAUAAGCUUUUCUUCUAUUAUGUUUUUAUUUACCGUCUCAAAUAUUACAAUGAAUCAAUAUGCCCCUUUGCAAGUAAAGUUCGGACUGCGUGCUUUAGCCUUUUUAGACGAGAUAAGAAGUAAAGAAAUGCUUGAGAUUUCAAUCAACGCAUCGCUAAGUGACAAAUGCAAGUUGGCUUAUUAGUUAUUAGUUUAUUCAAGCAAGUCAACUUGCUUUUUCUUUUCAUUACACUGUUCGAUCCAAACCGUACAUAUUCGUAAGCAGAUGAAACACAGUUUCAUGCGCAAUCCGAUCUUUAUGCAGGCGCUAACACAUGGCUGUAAAACUUGUGAAGUUGUUACAAAAUAGUUGUUACCCUCACAUAGAUGUUUUAAUAGUUUUAUUGUUUUAGUGUCAGGAAAUACUAAGACGCGUCGCUGCAUUUUUUACAAAGUGAUUCAAAAUUGAACUUUAUUUGCUACUUAAUAUGAUAAACAUUGCCUUGCGGAAAAGAUGAGUCUACAUGUCUUAAAAAUGCAGUGCCGCUUCGUGUCGGUGUGACCUGGCUAUCUUAUUUUCGUUUCUUAAACAAUACUGAAAGUAUUUUUCCAGAGUUUACAUAGCACGUCAUAAUUUCUGUGACUCUAAACACGUUUUUCCAAUGUAUGUUUAUUCGUAUGAUAACAGAGUACUGUGAUCAUCGGAUAAAUAUUUAAUAUAUUUUAUCAAUAGUUUAUUUACCGUCCCAUAGUUCCUCAUUGCAUAAGAAAUGUCUUAACAUAAAAAAUCUACUUUUAUAUUCCACUGUAAUACAAUCCUAAAAUCAUUUUCAUUAUAAAAUAUAAAGAAAGGUGGUUCCAGAAUACGCCCUUGGGGUACACCAUCUCAUUUCAAGUAAAGCUAGAAUUAGGAAAAACUACAGCAAUAAUGUAACUAGUUUCACUCAUAAACGGCUCUGGUUUUCUAACAAGGCGUCUUUUAGCAGCCGUAAAAUAACGGCAACUAACAAUAACGGCAACAUAAAAUAACUUAUAUAUGUUUAAUUCGCAUGGCAUGUCUUGUAGAAGGCCUUAGCAUAUUCUUAAUUCGUCCGGUACCGCCGCUAUAUGACGUCAAUAUUAAGAAAAACGGAGCAUAUUUUAAAAUUAUUAUAAUAAUGUACUUUUACAUAAUUUUGUAAUACUGCCAAAUGGUGUUUUAUAGAAUGUCUUAUCAAAAUCUGUACGGAAUGUUUUGAGGUUAUGUUUACCAAAUUAGGUGUAAGCCCAAUAGCGCACUAGCGGCGUCACCGCAGCGGCCGUCGAGAGUAUGGUGUGGCGGCCAGGUGCGCGUGGUCUAUGGUGGUUUCAUACUAAGGUAUCUAUCAAAGGGCUAGGCCGCUGCGGCCUAGCCGCUAGUGCGCUAUUGGGCUAAGAUCGAAUUUUAGAGGACAGAGGGGUAGGGUAGGUACCCAAUUUCACCCCAUGGUCCCAUAUUCGAUAUAUUUAUUAGAAGGUACUGGUGUGUGUUAGACAGUAGUUUGUCUUGUGUAUAAGCGAAAAUGAUAUUGCGAUUUGGGAAUAAACCUUUUGUUUUUAA